AUGCUCCAGUACGUCCAGAUCAUCUCCGUCCCGACGGCGGACUCGCCGGGGCCGUGCGUGCUGCUGCACUUUGACUCCCGCCGCUAUGUCUUUGGGCACAUGUCCGAGGGCAUGCAGCGCAUCAUGGCGCAGCGGCGGGUCGCCCUGUCCAAGCUCGACGAGGUCUUCCUCUCCGGCCCCACCACGUGGAAGAACGUCGGCGGGCUGUUGGGCAUGAUCCUCACCAUUGCCGAUGUCGUCGCCACCCAGAAGCUGCCUGACGAGAGCAACAAGAAGAAGAAAAAAAAGGCCGAAGGGAACCUGUCCACGAUCGCAAGCCUGAAGAUCUAUGGCGCCGAAAACAUCGCACACAUGGUUGCUACCUCGCGGCGGUUCAUCUUCCGCAAAGGGUUGCCUCUGAGGUUACAUGAGAUACCGCAUGAGUCUGCCAGGGACCACCAGCAGGGUAGGAAACCUGACUUUGAGGAUGCGAAUGUACGGGUGUGGUAUGUGUCUCUGAAGCCUGCUGCCGAGACCACCAAACCCCACGGCCGCAAGAGGAGCCACGACGAUAUGGUCGCCGAGGGUACACAAGGCCAAGGUCAGGUGAGCCCGAUGCAGGAUGCGGAGAAGAAGCAGGCUGCCCGAGAGCUGGUCAAGUCUGUGGUGGACAAUAUGUUCGACUCGGAAUGGGAAUUAGACGCUCUGGAGGAGAGCACGCUGUACCAGGUCAAGCUGCCGGCGGCAAUCUUCGUCAAGGGCGAGGACGGCCAGAUGAAGAAAUACGAGGGUCCCAUGCCUGGCGACGACGAAGCAGUCCCUGACAUACAGGUUUUCACCCGGAGACCCUGGCCGGCAGUAAGGAUUGCGGAACUCCCUCGUACCUCGCCCUCAACACAAUCCCUCUGUUACAUUGUCAAAGGACAGGCCAGGCGAGGAAAGUUCGAUGUUCAGGCAGCUGAGAGGCUCGGUGUGCAGAGGUGGGACUAUAAAUUACUCACCAGUGGCAAGACGGUCAAGGGCAAGGACGACAUGGACGUGACACCUGAUAUGGUCCUUGCGCCGGCUGUUGAAGGCCGCGGAUUUGCUUUUAUCGAUCUCCCUGACGCAUCGUACAUCAGCGAGUUCUUGGCACGUCCUGAAUGGAGCGACGACUCGCUCAUGGGGACGCUCGACGUUAUGUACUGGAAUCUGGGACGCGGUGUUCAGCACGACGAACGAAUCAAAGAGUUUAUGGAAGCGCGCGGGGACAUGACGCACACAGUCUUUUCGCCAGACACGAACCCCAACGGUAUUGCCAUGCACGGCGCCGCCAACAGCAUGGUCAGGAUGCACAGGAUAGAUCCUGAUCGGUUUGGUCUGCCUGUCUUUGACAACAAACCCAAGGGCCCCGCCACUAAAGCCCUUCAAGUGGCUCAGGUCGGAGCCAAGCUGAUACAAUCACCGCGUGUGGAAGUCAAGGACGACGAGAUCCUUCAACCCAUGGACUUAUUAGGGGCCGUGCAAAGUAUCGACCCCAAGGUCAUCGAGAUGGCAGACAAAGCCAAGGCUAAGUCGGAAGACCCAGCUCUGCUAGCUGAAAUCGAAGCAGCCGAAAAGGACAUUCCAAACCGCGACCUCGAGGUUAUUGCGCUUGGCACAGGCUCCGCACUGCCCUCGAAAUACCGCAACGUGUCAGCCACCCUCAUCCGCGUUCCAGGCUACGGCUCCUAUCUCUUUGACUGCGGCGAGAACACGCUCGGCCAGCUUCGCCGCAUGUACGGCUACGACAAGGCCGACGAGAUCCUCGGCGACCUCAAGGUGAUCUGGAUCAGCCACCUCCACGCAGACCACCACCUCGGCACUGCGAGCGUCAUCAGAGCCUGGAAUGAAGUGACCACCACCAACAUGACUCAGAAUAUCACCGCCGAGCCCACCCCCCGCCUGACCGUCGUUUCCACCCCGUACAUGCUCGACUGGCUGCGCGAGUAUGCCGACGUCGAGGACUUUGGCUUCGACCGCCUCCGCCUGAUCAGCAUCCGAGGACCCCAACAGCGCGAGGCUAUCCAGGACCCCGUCAUCUUCGACGCAACCUCGUUGGCCGGCAGGGACACGGGCUUGGCGCGGAUCGACGCCUGCCGCGUAGACCACUGUUACGGCGCGCUGGCGUGCGUCUUCACCUGGCCUUCAGGGCUCAAGGUGGCAUACUCGGGCGACUGCCGCCCGUCAGAUGGGCUUGUGCGGAUCGGGCGUGGCUGCACGCUGCUGCUGCACGAGAGCACGCUAGACGACGAGCUGCGGGACGACGCGUACGCCAAGAAGCACUGCACCAUGAGCGAGGCGCUGGACGUGGCGCGGCGCAUGCAGGCCAGGCGGGUACUGCUCACGCACUUUUCGCAGCGCUAUCCCAAGAUUGGGAACUCGUUCACCGCAGACGGGCGGAGCAAGCGCAACCGCCCUACUGACCAGGUGGUGCUCAUGGCGUUUGAUAUGAUGCGUGUCAAGCUGGGUGAUUUCAGGAAGGCGGAGCUGUUUCUGCCUGCGCUGAGGAAGAUGCUGGUGGAGAGCGACGAGGAUGCAGAUUGAUGCGUAGUCAUCCAAUUAGUGAGUGGCAUCAGCAGCCGAUGUAAUCCUCUUUUGGCUAUUCGUUUGAAUCACACGCGUGAGCUCUUGACUUCAAUAGAAUAUCUGGAAACGUGGCAUGCAAAGCAAAUGUGUGGGAAGAGUCUUUGAUAAGACGCAUUAGUGUCGGCCUCUUUGUUAAGAGAGGAGAUAAAUAAACCACCGAAAUUACUUUAAGCUAUGGAAAAAAAUGAAAAGAAAUGAUUCUUUGUUCAGUUGAGGU